UUGCUUUUAGGUUUCCCCUUCUCGGCAAGGAAACGUUUCCCUUAUUAUUAGAGGUUUUCCCCCGGGAGGGGGGCGCAGAAAGGGGAAGAUGCUAUUUACUUAAUUGGAAACGGUGUGAGGUCUGCCUGGGUCCUUCGGUCCAAGCCUGAGUGCCCACGUCCGGACCCAUCGCUCUGGACUCUAGGUUCCUUCCUCAGAGCUUACCCCUAGAGGUAGCUGGCGGUAUUUCCAUCCAGGGGGUCUUGUCCCCGGUGAGGAGGAGGGGGGCAGUCCACUCCUCGCCCCAGAGAUGCGGUUCUGUCAGUUCAUCUACAAUCAGUGCAUGUCCUUCGCUGACGUCAAUCGGAGCUGCCCCGUCCCUAUAUAAAUCUGGCAGCAGCCCCGGGACACUACCCGCCUUCCCCAGGCACUGGCAACCAGCCCCGUGCUCCCAGACUCCGGUUGGAUUGGGACAGUGACCGAAGCUCUGCUACCCACCCCCCACAAGGCAACACCCUCGGAGAAACCAGGACCCGCGGCGGCGGCACCAACGCCAUGAGACGGCCGGGGCGCACGGUUCUGUUGGCGGCACUGCUGCUGCUCUUGGUUCAGCUGCGCCUGAGCACCUGCAGCCGGAGGCCUCUAGAGGCGGUGCCCCCCCGGGACAAGAGUCUGGACCGGAGUUUGCGGUGGAGUCCCAGGAGUCAGGCCGGGGGAGCCCGUGCCCUCCUCCUACUGACCCAACGUUUCCCGCGUUUGGCCGCUGGGACAGGCGCCCUCUUCUCGCCCCUAAGCUAUCGGUCCAAGCCCAAACGGGACGAAUCUCCUGUUUCCAUCGACCUGACCUUCCACCUGAUGCGGACCCUGCUGGCACAGGCACGGUCGCAGAGCCAGAGGGAGCAAGCCAAGCAGAACCGGAUCAUCCUGGACUCGGUGGGCAAGUGAACCCGGGCUGGCCAACCCCGUUCUGCCCUCUGGGACCUAAGAGGCGGUGUUGUCUUGGGUCUUGGGACCGGUCUCGGAACCAGGCUUGGAAGCCCCCGGAAUUGUGCGCGGCGCGGCCGGGUUCGGCUCCCUUCUGAGGACCAUGCUUCUGUCUUCUAAUAAAAGCGUUGAAGAGUC